CCGCGCCGGAGCCGCCGGUGCCCCGGAGCCGCCGCGCUAUGGAGCCGCCGGGCCCCGCCGGGGCGCCGGGCCGGCCCUGGGAUGAAGCCAAGGCUUUCUACGACAACCUCGCCCCCAAGAAGAAGCCAAAAUCGCCCAAGCCGGAGAACGCCAUCACCAUCGCCGUGUCCUCGCGGGCGCUGUUCCGCAUGGAGGAGGAGCAGAAGAUCUACAGCGAGCAAGGGGUGGAGGCCUACGUGAAAUACCAGCUGGACCACGAGAACGAGCCCUUCCUCCCCGGGGCUGCCUUUCCCUUUGUCAAGGCACUGGAGGCAGUGAAUACACAACUGAGAGAGCUCUACCCUGACAGCGAGGAGCUCUUUGACAUCGUCCUCAUGACCAACAACCACGCCCAGGUUGGGGUUCGCUUGAUCAACAGCAUCAACCACUAUGAUCUGUUCAUCGAGAGGUUCUGCAUGACGGGAGGGAACAGCCCCAUCUGUUACCUCAAGGCCUAUCACACCAACCUCUACCUCUCCUCCGACGCCGAGAAAGUGAGUGGGGCCAUUGAAGAGGGGAUUGCUGCAGCCACCAUCUUCAGCCCCAGCAGAGACCUGGAGGUGUCAGAGAACCAGCUGCGGGUGGCGUUUGACGGGGACGCCGUGCUCUUCUCGGACGAGUCGGAGCAGAUCGUGAAGGCUCACGGCUUGGACAUGUUCUUUGAGCACGAAAAGGCUCACGAGAACAAGCCUCUGGCACAGGGACCCCUGAAGGGCUUCCUGGAGGCCCUGGGGAAGCUGCAGAAGAAGUUCUACUCCAAGGGGCUGAGGAUGGAGUGUCCCAUCCGCACGUACCUGGUCACUGCCAGGAGCGCGGCCAGCUCGGGCGCCCGGGCCCUAAAGACUCUGCGCAGCUGGGGCCUGGAGACGGACGAGGCUUUGUUCCUGGCCGGGGCUCCCAAGGGGCCUCUGCUGAGGAAGAUCCGCCCCCACAUCUUCUUCGACGACCAGAUGUUCCACGUGGAGGGAGCCAAGGAGAUGGGCACCGUGGCCGCCCACGUCCCCUACGGCGUCGCCCAGAAGCACAAGCGGCCGGCGCAGGAGAAGCAAACCCCCAACAGUAAAUAAUGGAACUGGCUGGUCCCACAGCCCCUGGCAUGGACCUCAUCCCGUGUGUGUCACACCCCCAGCGGGGUUGUGGUCUGCAAGGCAGAGAGCGUUUGACCCGGGGAACGUGAGUUUAUUCCCCAGCAGGAGCCGUGUCAGGGGCACGGAGGGAGGAGGGGGCUGAUGAAACGCUUCCUUUCGCCUCUUUUAAUUGGGGUGCUGUGGUGGUGUCCCUGUCCCUCGUGGGACUGGGGACUCCUCUGUGCCAGGCAUCCCAUGAGCCGUUUUCCCAGUUUGUCCGCGCGCUCUGCGUUUGCUUCAGGCAAAAUCCCUCGAGGAUGGAUCCACCUUGUGUGGACUCUUUGUGCCAGGCAGGUUUCACCUAUUGGUCUUUAUUUAAAACCCCAGGUAACUCCCAGAGACUUUGACUUCCAGGGCAAAUGUUUAGGCUGAACUGGAAAGUGGGGAGCACCCAACAACCUCUCUUGCAGCUUUGAAACAGAAUGUCCCUUUUAACUAAAAUUAAACCAUAGUAUUGUGUCUUCCCAGACUCAGCUUCUGCUUCCCUACUAGAAAAUAUUCAAUAUCUGUCCUUUCAGCAAGAUUUUGCCAUCUGAACAGCUUAAAUUUGGAAAAAUAGAAACAAAUACUUACACAUUAAAAUGAAAAAAUCUUGUUUCCUGCUUGGAGCUUUGGGCUAAUGCAUUGUUGGCCCAGGUUUUUGUAUUUGGGUUUCACACUUGCAUGAUUUAGCACUUGAAAAUAAUAAUCUUGGUGAGGCAUCCAAAGCCCAGCUCAUCCCUGAGCCAUCCAGGGGCUGCAGACACAUGCCCAGGGCUUGAAUUAAGUUAAAAGCAGGCCCUGAUAUAUUAGGGACAUCAUUUGAAGUCCAUUUAGGUAAAUCUGCAGAGAAUUUCAGCCUGGGGAUUUUAAUUAAAGGAUUUUUUUUUUCCCUUUCUAGGCUGAGCCCAUAUGAGUUGAUAAUCUUUUUCUCCUCAGCUUCUUAAAACCUCUGGUGUUUCCUAAAAUAGGCACCUCUGCUAGUGAUGCUGUGAGAGAGCCAAAUCUCUGAUUAAAAAAACAGGCUGAGAGAUCAAUUGGAGAGAAACUAGUGUGAAAAUCACACUGACAUUUCUGCUCAAAGCCCUGUUCCAGAGGACACCCUCAGGAGGAAAAUUUAAAGAUUAUUUCUUCCUUGUGGUUUUUUUUUUUCCCUUUUUUUUUUUUUUUUUGUACUACACCCCACAGUGUAGGAGGAAGUGUAGCAGGAAGGAUGCUCAGUAUUAUCAGUUUGUAGUUUUCUACAAACUCCAUGGGCUGAAGUUUCCCAAGGUGUGUGUCUGCCUCUGCCUCUUUCCAGGGAAGUAUCAGCUCAAAGAGUGAGGCUGGAGCUUGAGUUAUUGCACUUUUGAGGAAUAUAUAAACAAGCUGGUGAUGCCUUCAGUGGCUUGGCAGACUUUUCUCAUUGCACUAAAUCCUGCUCUAGCAGUGAAGAGCAAAUUGCACUUUUUUCCCCCCAAACUCUUUGACAGACUGUUCUUUGUCACAUCUGGGUGACAAAGACCUCAGAGGAAGGUCUAAAAUCCAAACAAACAAAGAAAAAAAUCUUGAAAGACGUUGAGUAUCUUGGUAACACAACCAUUAACAUUCAGGUUUAUAGAAAGGUCUCGUCUUUUUGAUGCGAACCCAAGAUUUUGGGAUCUUGGACUGGGUCUUGGAGACCUUUUUGGCAGCUGGGAGGGGAGCACAGCCUGGCCUCCCAGUAAACAUCUCCAAGGUGUUUCCUGAAGAUCUGCACUGUGGAAGCCCAGCCAAGCCCAGCUUGCACACGGGAGGGGAUGGAAUUGUCAGCCAGCCCUUGGGAGCAGGGCAGGGUGCCAGUGGGAUUGGAUACAGGGUGCAAGCACGGCCACUGGGGUGGGUGGUUGCACUGGGUGCCGUGGGGAAUGCGUUGGAUGAUCCAGAGGCAACGUUGGUGUUGGCAGGGCUGGGCUGGCAGGAGGAGAUGGAUGCCCUGUCUGGAGGUGCUGUGAGCUCCAGGGAAGUAUGCACGGUGAUUUUGGGGCACAGCCCUGCAUCUCAGCAGCUUUCCUGCUACCUUUCCGGGCCCUGAGAUGCACAAGGAGCUGGGUGUGAGCUGAGGGCAGGGUUUUAGUGACUGUGCUUAGGGUCUUCCUGCUGCCAGGGCAGCUUAGGGGCUCACUGGGAGACAUGAGACUCAGGAAAUGGGCCCCAGGUGAGGCAAACCUCCCUUCUCCCCCCUUGAGUCCUUCCCAAGUGGGGAUUUCCGUUCCUGCAGUGGCUGCCCUAUUUGCUUUUAUCCACGUGGCUUCUUGUGUUUUUAUCUCCUCCAUCACUACAACUGGCAGACAUGGACUUGCUGCUUGUGUGCUUUCCUCGUGUGCCCACCUGCCAUGUCCCCUCGGGCUGGGGGUGUGAUGGGGUCCCUGGUUCUGGCUCCAUGGGCUGGGCACAUCUCCCACCUGGAUGGGCCAGUGCAGUCGUGCCUCUUGUGCUGUCCUGGCUGACAACUGGACUUUCCUGCUGCGUGUUGUUGCCCUGGGUUUCACUUCAUUGUCCUCCAGUGUGGGUUUUUUUUUUUUUUUGCCAUGUUAAUGAAAUCCCUCGGGGUGUUUUUCUGUAAUAAACCGUGUUGGUCCCA